CUCGUCAUCCGCAGCUCACGCGAAAUUUCCUUCCAGCGCAGCUCUUUGUCUGAGAAUUUUGCCUCGGUGGGACGGAAUCUCAAAGUCAGGAAGGCCAAUUGAUCCAUGCGACUGCAGUGGUAGCUUUCUUUAUCUGCCCAUUGAUUGUCUGGUACUCCAGCAGCUGCAGCUUCGAGCUCGUACCCCAGGAACUGACUAGAUCCAGCUCUCUCCUCUCAUAUCUCUGUCGCCCAUCCUACAGUCAUCAUGGCCGAUCAACGCGUAAAUGUCCAUAUCCCAUCCCACCCCCCGGUGUUGGACAGCGUGCGUCUCCGCAACAUCCAACUGCCCCUCCCAGCUGCCCCGGACCCAUGGCACCGUUCCGGUAAAUCGCAGCCUUGCACGGCAUCGCUGAAGCUCUCCUACUCCUCCGCCGUGGCCGCCGCCAUUGCCGACGAUGUCUCCCUCUCCUUGGACUACGGCAAGCUCUACCGCCGUCUCGAGGAGGAUAUCCGUAACCUGGGCAAGCACCCCGAAAACCCGGGACACCGAAUGAUCAGUGUCGACGGGAGCCGUCGCGACGAGAUGUUGGCAAGUGACGUGGGGCAGGAUGUGCGUUUGACGGCCGGAAUUGUGGCUCAUUGUGGACUUGGACUGUUGGAUGAGACUGCUGCUGGGGUCCGUAGGAUGUCGCAUGUGCACAACACCCAGCGUCGAAGCAGCGCUUCAGCGGGCUCACAGUCUCAGGCUCUGGCGGCUAUUUUCAGCUCAUCUUCGACUUCGCCUAUUGAUGGGGUGUUUGGCCAAUGUGAGGUGUCUUUGCAUCUCCCCAAGGCAUUGCUGCGUGCGGAUGAAGGACUCAAGUACCGGAGUGUGACGGUGUGGGGGUACCGUCAGGCUAAUGAGGCUGUUACGGACGAUGUGGGAGAGUCGGAGCGGUGUCCGGUCGUCCUGGAGGAGGAGUUCCGCAUUGAUGGGAUCCGGUGCUACUGUAUCUUGGGCGUCAACUCCCACGAGAGGGUGGAGAAACAGGCGGUCAUUGUCUCUCUGGAGUUUAAGGGUCCUGGACAGCUGCCUUGGGGGUCUACGGUGGUCAAUACGUACCAAGCCAUGACCCGGGCUGUCGCUGAGCGGGUCGAAACCACCUCCUUCCAGACGGUGGAGGCCUUGGCGACGUUUGUCGCGCGCAUUGUCACGGUGGAAUUUGGGAAUGAACGGGUGACGGUGCGGGUUGAAAAGCCCAGUGCGCUGGCCUUCGUGGAGGGAUCGGGGGUGGAAAUCACUCGGUCGCAGGCCUUUUUUGAAGGGAGAGAUGCAUGAAUGGCUGCAGGGGGUUUUGGAUGGAUCUGAACCUCUAGUACAAAAUAAUUACUAAAUAGUUGGUUCAGCGGGUGGAGUUUAUAGCCCGUCGGGUAGAUCUACUACCCCUGCAUAAGCUACAGUAAGUAAGUAACUCUAUAACAAGAUCCUGUGAU